UAUAUUAUUUUUGUUAACAGAAAUGGAUACUAUCCGCUUGAUUACAUUUAUAUUGACUAUCACUACGUUGACGUCAGGAUAUGUCAUUAAGCAUUCAAAAAACAAUGAUUUCACAUCAGUAACUAAACUAUCAACGGAACUACCAAGCGGUAGAGAUGUGUCUGUUACAACUGUACCUUCAUCUACAGUUGCUUAUUAUGUAUGCUUUGCAUAUACUACACUAUUUUCAGGCACCUGCAAUUGUAAGACUGAAUCAACAACUGUACCUAGUUCUACAACCGAUGGGUCUAAAGACGUUUCUACAAAAUCUCCGACCACCACACGUAUCACAAAUGAGCCUCAAACAACAACUGUACCUAGUUCUACAACCGAUGGGUCAAUAGACGUUUCUACAAAAUCUCCGAGCACUACACGGACCACAAAAGAGCCUCAAACAACAACUGUACCUAGUUCUACAACCGAUGAUUCUGAAGACGUUUCUACCAAAUCUCCGACCACCACACGUAUCACAAAUGAGCCUCAAACAACAACUGUACCUAGUUCUACAAUCGAUGAUUCUGAAGACGUUUUUACCAAAUCCUCGACCACCACACGCAUCACAAAUAAGCCUCAAACAACAACUGUACCUAGUUCUACAAGCAAUGAUUCUGAAGACGUUUCUACCAAAUCUCCGACCACCACACGUAUCACAAAUGAGCCUCAAACAACAACUGUACCUAGUUCUACAACCGAUGGGUCAAAAGACGUUUCUACAAAAUCUCCAAUCACUACACGGAGCAUAAAUGAGCCUCAAACAACAACUGUACCUAGUUCUACAACCAAUGAUUCUGAAGACGUUUCUACAAAAUCUCCGACCACCACACGUAUCACAAAUGAGCCUCAAACAACAACUGUACCUAGUUCUACAAUCGAUGAUUCUGAAGACGUUUUUACCAAAUCUCCGACCACCACACGUAUCACAAAUGAGCCUCAAACAACAACUGUACCUAGUUCUACAACCGAUGGGUCAAAAGACGUUUCUACAAAAUCUCCAAUCACUACACGGAGCAUAAAUGAGCCUCAAACAACAACUGUACCUAGUUCUACAACCAAUGAUUCUGAAGACGUUUCUACAAAAUCUCCGACCACCACACGUAUCACAAAUGAGCCUCAAACAACAACUGUACCUAGUUCUACAACCGAUGGGUCAAUAGACGUUUCUACAAAAUCUCCGACCACCACACGUAUCACAAAUGAGCCUCAAACAACAACUGUACCUAGUUCUACAAGCAAUGAUUCUGAAGACGUUUCUACCAAAUCUCCGACCACCACACGUAUCACAAAUGAGCCUCAAACAACAACUGUACCUAGUUCUACAAUCGAUGAUUCUGAAGACGUUUUUACCAAAUCCUCGACCACCACACGCAUCACAAAUAAGCCUCGAACAACAACUGUACCUAGUUCUACAACCGAUGAGUCUAAAGAUGAUUCUACCAAAUCUACGACCACCACACGCAUCACAAAUAAACCUCAAACAACAACUGUGCCUGGUUCUACAACUGAUGAUUUUGAUGAAAGUGAUGAAUGGGAUGAAUGUGACGAAAGUGACGAAAGUUGUGAUUUCUGGGAAAUAUAUAUAUGGACCGCUCUCGUCAAUUAAAUGUUGAUUAUUUCAAUUGGUUGUUUACUCUUUUAUGUAUGAAAUGUAUAAUUGUGUUGGAUAUAAUUUGCAAAUAAUAUAACGUGAAUUUAGUACUUGCUACUUA